CUAUUUCACGUAUCUUUCCCAAAAUACCCUCAGGGAUUUUCCCAAAUAACCACUUCACAGCUACCUGCUCCUUGCUCCUUUCUUUCUGCUACAGUACCAAAUACAUCUCCAUAAUCCAAUCAAGAAACCCUUCUAUUCCCAAAGUUCCAAAAAACCCUAAUCUUUGUGUAAAGAAACAGAAUUUUCAAUCGGGUGCUCAAAAUUUUAGAAAUUUAUGCGAUAAAAUUUUCUAUGUAUUCGAAAUUUCGUCAGAUCCGUGCCCAAAUAUCCCUAUUCCUCCCGUUUUCUUACGUUUCUUUAUUAAAUUUUCAAUCUUUGCUAAAUUAAACAAGAAUUCAGCAUCUGGGUAUCUGAAAUCUGUUCAAAUUGAUGCCUAAAUAGCCUCAUUCAUCCCAUUUUCUCCCAUUUUUCUCUUGUUUUCUCCAAGUAAAAUGCCAGUCUCUACUAGGUCUCAGAUCUCUUGCGCGCCGACAGAUUCCAGCAAAGAGCCACAGGCCCCGGCAAUACUCAGAAACCCUCAUCAUGGCUUGAAGGAGAAGAUGAAGGCCUUAACCCUGUUAUAUGAGCAGCACAAGAAGUUAGCCUCAGCAAAAACUCACCCAAACCCAAACCCAUCAAUUCUUCAACCCGAAACCCGGAUCACUGCACUCCUCGAUUCCAACCGAAAGAACAAAGAAGGAAGGUUGCAAGAAGAGCCUCAAAGAGAAGGGUUACUCAUGAGAGAGAACUUGGCCUCAAAACCAGCCUUAAAGAAGCCCAUCACAUACUCAAGAGCAGAGGAGAAGGAGAAUCAAGAAAUCAACGUCUCUGAUCGCAUCGAGGUCUACUCUUGCCCCAAGAAACCGACAUUGCCAGCAAGAAAGCUCUCGAUGGGUGGAUUAGGUCCGAUGUCAGAGGGAAUGGUGGUGAAGACGAAGAAGAUGGUGGUGGGCCCAGUAUCGGAAAAUAGAGAGAAUGGGAGUAGGAUUAUGGUGUUUGUGAGGUUAAGGCCGAUGUCAAGGAAGGAAAAGGAGGCUGGAGCUCGUUCUUGUGUUAAGAUUGUGGAUCACAAAGAGGUUUAUUUGACGGGGUUUGCAUUGGAGACGGAUUACUUGAGGUUUAAGAGGAUUCAAGGGCGACAUUUUUGCUUUGAUACGUCGUUCCCUGAGCCAACGGCUCAGCAAGAAGUUUAUACUACAACAACAGCAGACCUCGUGGAGGGUGUUCUUCAAGGGAGAAAUGGUACAGUUUUCUGCUAUGGGGCUACAGGAGCAGGAAAAACUUAUACAAUGUUGGGAACAGUGGAAAAUCCCGGGGUGAUGGUGCUCGCAAUUAAAGACCUGUUCUUUAAGAUUAGGCAGCGUAGUUGUGAUGGGAAUCACUCAGUUCAUCUGUCUUACUUAGAGGUCUACAAUGAGACUGUAAGAGAUUUGCUAGCCCCUGGCCGACCUCUUGUCCUCAGAGAAGAUAAGCAGGGAACCGUAGCAGCGGGGCUUACUCAGUAUAGAGCUUACUCCACAGAUGAAGUCAUGGCGUUGCUUCAGCAAGGGAAUAUGAAUAGAACCACUGAGCCCACUCGAGUCAAUGAAACAUCUUCGCGAUCUCAUGCCAUUCUGCAGGUUGUUGCAGAAUACCGAGUCAAAGACUCAGGUAACUUACUGACCCGAGUGGGGAAACUUUCUCUCAUUGAUCUAGCUGGUUCGGAGAGAGCUCUAGCAACAGAUCAAAGAACUCAAAGAUCAAUAGAAGGUGCGAACAUUAAUCGCUCGCUCCUAGCACUGAGCAGUUGUAUCAAUGCUCUUGUGGAGGGUAAGAAGCACAUCCCUUAUCGCAACUCGAAGCUCACUCAACUCCUCAAGGACUCAUUAGGGGGCCCUUGCAAUACUGUGAUGAUAGCCAAUAUUAGCCCGAGCAGUCUAUCCUUCAGUGAGACCCAAAAUACUCUUCACUGGGCUGACAGAGCAAAGGAAAUAAAAACUAAGACCAGCACAAUGAAUGAGGAAGUAACUUUAAUGCCCGAAUCUGAAACUGACCAGACCAAAUUAGUUCUAGAGCUCCAAAAGGAGAACAGCGAGCUAAGGCAACAGCUCGUCCGCCACCAACAGAAGCUCUUAACUCUCCAAGCUCAAUCACUAGCCUCAAACUCUUCUCCCUCCCCUUCUCCCCUUCUUUCUCCUCUGUCCGCACCUCGAAGAACCAAGCGCUCUCUCUUAACUACAAACUGCUUUGGCACUCCACCACCCUCUGAGGCCAAGAACAGUGACACAAUUAAGGCAUUAGAGGCUGAGAUUGAAAGGCUAAAAAAAGAUCAUGCCCUUGAGUUAAAGCAGAAAGAUGAUCUUAUUAGGGAGCUGAAGCUUGGUAAAGAGAGCUGGAGAGUGGUUACGAGGGCUACAACAAGUAAAGGCGAGAGGAAUAUAGGAGGAGGGGAGAUAAAGAGCCCAAGUCAUCGGUUUAAGUCACCAGUGCUUGGAACAAAGAAGAGGACAUUUUGGGACAUUGGCGGUGGUGUUGGAGGUAGUCCUUUGGUUGUUGGAGCUGGAAAUGGGAGGAAGACGAGGAGCCAUGUUGCACCUGAGACUCCACCAGCUCCUUCGAUGUUGUUGCAGCUUGCAUAUCAAUGUUUCUCCUUUGUGUUCUUGUUGGGGCCUCAUGUUGCUAAUUACAUCUUCCAGCCGGGUUUUGCUUGCCGGAGAACAGAUUCUUGCAGACGAUGAAGGGAAGAAGAUGGACACAGUAGGCAACAAGCAAGCAGCAGGAGUGCGAAUUCUUUGUUUGUUAAUUUUUUUUUAUAUCCUCUUUCUGUGAUAGUUUGAUGAAGAGGAUACGUCAAUUAUUUUCAUAUUCAUGAGCAAGAACCAGUUAUUGUUGGUUAGUGUUCUGAUUAUAGUCCUAAUUUAUAACUAGAUUCUUAUUAUAUGAAAUCAAAUUAUGCUCUCCCAGAUUGUUAUUGAUUU